AUGGCGCUUUCCGACAUUGUCAAUACAGUCCAGGUUACCUUAUCUGGAGUCAACCUCGUGAAAAUUGCGAAGGAAGAGCGUCUUCACCCUCGCCUGUUCAAGCCGAUUGAUGAAGCUCAAGCGCUGCAACAUUUGUUACUAUAUUCAACAGGGAAAGAGGAGGAUAUACCCAAUCUGGAAGCUCGAGAUUUGAAUCCAAUCGGCGCUCCUAAAAAGAAUGCGCUGGAGAUGCUUGACUGA